AUGUCGACUCGCAGACGCGGUCGUGGGCGAGGUAGAGGCAGAAUAGGAAAUGCUACUCCUGAAGCAACAUGGAAUAAUCCUAACCCUGUAGAAUUUAUGGCUGCCCUGGGGAACAUGGCUGCAUCUAUGCAAGCGACAGCCGAAGCUCUGGGAAACCAGAUAAAUAAUGGGAACUAUGGGAAUAACAAUGAAGAUGGCCCUAUGAUGCUUUCCUCAUUCUUGAAGGUUCAUCUUCUGACCUUCAGAGGAAUCUUAAACUCCACCGAUGCGGACAAUUGGAUACAGGCUAUGGAGAGGGCACUGCAGGCGCAACAGGUUCCUGAAGAGCAGUGGGUUGAGUUUGGAACUUAUCAGUUGCAAGGUGAGGCUCAGCAUUGGUGGCAGGGCACGUGGCAUAUUCUACAGCCUGAUGAGGUUGUAAUUUCUUGGGAAUUAUUCCGAAUAGAGUUCUAUAAGAAGUACUUUUCUAAUUCAGUUAGAAACGCUAAAGAACUUGAAUUGAUGCAAUUAAGACAAGGCCAGAUGACUGCCACUGUGUAUACUAGUAAGUUCAAAGAGCUGUGUCGAUUUUCUCGCAUUUGUCAAGGUGCCCCAGAGGAUUUUGCUGAGUGA